UUUCUCGCGACUGACCGGUUUGCGGGAUGUUCAGGAUCCAACUAUAGUUUAGUUUCGGUCCAGAUUUUUUCCCUUGCCCGUCUCGCUUGGGCACAUGUGAGUGUUGUUUUUGACUGGAAUCCACCGAUUGCCCAGUUAAUAGUUUCGCGGCGCGCGUGUGCUUCCCUCCCUUGUGUGGACUUCGACGUCACUAUUAUUUGAUAAAGACACCCUCGUUCGAUGAGUUUGCGAUCAGUUUCGAAUCGGCACUUGAACGGGUAACAAAGCGACUGACGACGACGGGGUGCUUCUUUUUAGUAGGUCGCUUCGGGAUUAGCUUGUUUGUCCAUUUACGGUAUUAGGGUAGGUCGUCUGGCCACAGAAGAAUGGCACGUAUUGUUAAGUGGAUUUCGUUGAAACAACCGGAAAAGCAACGUGUUUUGGGGUUGGAAACGGAAGCCGAGUAUCGUGCACGGUGGAUUUCGAUUCGUGUGCUGUAUUUCACCGGGUUUGUGAUGUUUCUGGCGUUUGGAAUCGUCGCAACCGGUGUGUGGCCAUACCUGAAAUCCUUGGAUCCAUCUACGAAUAAAGUGUUUCUGGCGUACAUAUUUGCGAUACCUCCAGUGGGGCAGAUCAUUUUCAGCCCAUUCUUCGGAUGGUGGACAAACAAGCUGUCUUCGGUUCGCGUGCCGCUGAUCCUACUGGUUGGAGUUUUCAUUGUGGGCAACGUGCUGUACGCUGUUACUGAGGAGUUUCAGGACCACCGGAGGUACAUUCUACUGUUAGCCAGAGGCCUGGUCGGAGUUGGGACAUCCGCAGUAACAAUAUGUCGGGCGUACAUUUCGUCUGCGACACGAGUUUCGGAAAGAACCAAAACUAUCUCGUACAUGGCGCUGGCACAGAGUAUUGGUCUGAUGAUAGGACCCACAUUUCAGUCGGUCUUCUCCGGAGUGGGAGAGGAUGGGUUUAGAGUAUUUGGAUGGUUGCGGAUCAAUAUGUACUCUGCAUCCGGAUGGAUUUGUGUGAUAUUGGGCCUGUUCAACAUGUUCCUACUGCUGCCAUUCAUAUUCAAGGACAGUCCAAUUGCCGUCAAGGAGGCAAUGAAGAGUCAAGGAGCUGACAAUGCGAAGGCAACAUGGAAAUCGAUGCAAUUGCGGUACUUUGCCAUCGUAGUAACGAUAGCGGCAUUUUCAUUGCUGAUGUUCGUAUAUGUGGCAUUCCAAGCACUACUCUCCCCGAUCGCCUUGGAUCAAUUCGGCUGGAACAACGAAGAAUCUCUCUUCUACUUGGGAAUUCUCAUGACGGUCGGUGCUCUAAUCUCCUGUAUCCUAUUCCUACUGCUGGAUCCAAUGUGCAAGCGCUUCAGUGAAUCGAACGUCUUAGUGUACGGUGCAAUGUUUGCUCUCUUCGUCAGUCAGGUUGUGUUGAUUCCAUUCGGGAAGGAACCGAUCACAUCGUUCUUGAAUGUAAGCAAUUCAACGAACAAUAUCACCACCAGCAUCGGUUGUCCCCCGACUCAGGAGUGGUGCCAAUGGAUACCACCUAUAGGAAAGGUUCAAUUCACGAUCUCCUACACACUACUUUGCAUUUCGUUCUCGAUCGGAACAACACUGAGCCAAGCCGUGUUUUCGAAGCUGUUGGGUCCCCGGCCACAGGGCACAUGGAUGGCGCUGCUGACAUGUGCUGGAAGCUUCGCUCGGAUACUUGGUCCCGGAUCGGUAACGCUUUAUGUGAUUUUCGGGACAUAUUGGACGUUCGGAGCCGGGUCCGUUUUAACAGGAUUGGUAUUCCUGUGGAUGUGGAUAUAUCGGCACAGUUUAGAUCCCGUCAAACCUGCCGUGCAACCGGACUUGGCCGAGGAACUUAAAGUGCUUAAUUCAACAAAGCUUAGACAAUAGUAGGUUUCAUACAGGAAUUGUAGCUGUGAUCUGUACGCAUGAGAUAAGUAAUUAAGUUUUAUUAUUGUUUUGUUGUUACGUAAUUUCUACGGCCUUUAUCUGCCUGAAGUAGUUCGUAAAAUAGAAAAAAAAAAGUUUAUCGUGGAAGCGAACAAACAUGUUAUAAUUGAAUGAAAGGUCGCAUGAGAAAUAAAGGUUCAUCGUGUUGAUGCCACUUGAACUCUCCAGAACUCGUUAUUGCCAAAACGUGACAUGCUUUCCCAUAUUAUUAGGUGGCAUCAAGUGGCCAUUCAUAUUUAACAGCUUCGAUGAUUUCAACCUUUACUGGUUUUCUGUGUGUCUC